GAUGAUCCACCAUACGAUACGUACAUACGAAAAGCUCCAAAAUUGCCGUGGUCCUUCAAAGUCGAAAUACAAUAUUUUAUAAAACUGCUCUUUUAUUUUCCUACCUUAGGAGCUUCAACAACAAUGGCUAUCUUUCCCACUUUGACGAAUAGUGCUCUUUGUGCCAUUCUUCUGACCAUCAUCAUCGUCAUCUAUAUCCAUACCUCCAGGAAAAUUACCAGACGACAGAACCGAAUCAGAUACAACGGCGGCGGAAAGAAACUCCCGGAACCGUCAGGGUCAUGGCCUUUGCUGGGUCACCUCCCUCUACUUGGAUCAGAUGCCCUCCUCCACCGGGUGUUCGGAGCCAUGGCGGAUUGCUAUGGUCCUGCCUUCUCAAUCCGACUCGGGGCACACCAGAACUUGGUGAUUAGUUCCUGGGAAUUGGUCAAGGAUUGUUUCACCACAAACGACAGGGUCUUUGCGACGCGUCCCCGAUCCUUGGCUGUCAAGUUAAUGGCCUAUGACCACGCCAUGUUGGGUUUCGCUCCUUAUGGCCCUUACUGGAGGGACAUGAGGAAGCUCGCAGUAGUUGAACUCCUAUCGAACCACCGGCUUGAGCAGCUCCGCCCUGUCCGGGAGACCGAAAUCAAUCUCUUCCUCAGGGACUUGUACAAGCUGUGGGUGAAGAACGGGCAUUGCCCAGUCCAGGUGGAGAUGAAGGAGAGGAUCGAGGACCUGACAAUGAACAUCGGAGUAUGGACUAUUGCAGGUAAAAGGUACCGGAGCACUGGAGGCGGUGAUGAGGAGUUGCGACGAGGCCAAAAGGCUUUGGCGGACUUCUCUCAGCUGGUGGGGCAGUUCGUGUACUCCGAUGCCAUUCCAUCUCUUGGAUGGUUGGAUAUGAUAAACGGUUCAACCAGUAAGAUGAAGAAGACGGCGAAGGAGCUAGACUGGGUGCUUGGGAACUGGGUCAACGAACAUCGGCAUCGACGCAAGAGGGACACAGCCAAGAUCGACGAGACUGGACGAGACUUCAUGGAUGUCCUGCUCUCUUCCUUGGAUGAAACUAAACUGCCCGCCCAUGAGAUUGACACUAUCAUCAAGGCUAAUUGCUUGAGUCUAAUGUUAGGGGCCAACGACACCACAGUUGUGACUCUCACAUGGGCAAUCUCCCUGCUCCUGAACAACCGUGAGGCCUUAAAGAAGGUCCAAGAUGAGCUCGAACUUCAUGUUGGACGGAACCGCCAAGUGGAUGAAUCAGACAUCCCGAAUCUAGUCUACCUGAAUGCCGUUGUCAAGGAGACGCUCCGUCUCUACCCGGCGGUCCCACUCUCCGUACCACGGGAAGCCAUGGAAGAUUGCACAAUUGGCGGCUUCCAUGUUCCGGCAGGCACCUGCCUCCUUGUUAACAUGUGGAAGAUGCACCGUGACCCGAGAAUCUGGUCAGAUCCAUCCGAGUUUCGGCCUGAGAGGUUCAUGACGACCCAUGAGAGCUUGGAUGUCAAAGGCCGGGAUUUCGAAUAUAUCCCGUUUGGUUCAGGAAGGAGGAUGUGCCCGGGAGUGUCAUUUGCAAUGCAAGUUUUGCACCUGGCGCUUGCUAGACUACUUCACGGGUUUGAGCUGGGAACAUUAUUGGAUUUGAAGGUAGACAUGACAGUAAGCCCGGGGCUAACCAUGCCAAAAGCAACGCCACUAGAGGUUGUUCUCGCACCGAGGCUGCCUUCGACAUGCUACUAGCUCGAACUACUGGGGAAUUGUCCAUUUGUUGCUAGUUAACUAGAUACAUAAUACCAAAUCAUUAAUCACUUUGAGCAAUUACAGUUGUUUUCACACAUCUGUCCACUGUCUGAAUUUAUUUUACCCGAGCCUGUGAUUGCGUUCAAUGUGUUUAGCCAUUGCCAUU